AUGGACAUAAAUAAAAGAUUUAAGAAAAACAAUUUGAAAGUUUUAAAAACGAUCGGUCAGGGAACUUACGGUAAUGUUUACCUGUGUGAGAAGAAGAAAGAUAAACAAUUAACAAUUGUCAAGGAUAUAGAGCUAAAUGUUAAAAUACCUGCACAUAAUAAGGACAUUGCUAACGAAGUCAAUAUUUUGUCGUCUAUGAAUCACCCUAAUGUAAUAAAAUUCUAUAAUUGCUAUUAUGUUGAAAAUCACGUUUUGAUAUCAAUGGAAUAUGCAACUUGUGGAAACUUAGCAGAAUAUAUGUACCAGAGAUGUCCCAAGCUCAUAAAGCAGCAGGAAAUCUUGUUUUACUUUUGUCAAGUCCUCCUAGGAGUAAAUUAUAUCCAUAGUUUAGAUAUAAUUCAUAGAGACCUGAAGGCAGAAAACAUAUUACUGGCAGGUGAAAACGGUGUAUUAGUAAAAAUAGGAGAUUUUGGGAUAUCUAAAAUGUUAGCAAGUGCAAAAAAAACUGCGACCGUAAUUGGCACGCCCUAUUAUUUAGCGCCAGAGCUUUGUGAAGGAAAGCUCUACGACACUAAAAGCGAUAUUUGGGCUCUGGGCUGCUUAUUAUAUGAAAUGUGUACACAUAAAAGAGCUUUCGAUUCUGAAACGUUAAUUGGAUUGGUUAAAGUAAUAACUAGCGGCAGUGUCCAUCCAAUUGAUUUUACGAUAUAUGAGAGAGGUAUACAAGAUCUAAUAGAUGCUAUGCUUUCUAUUCUACCCGAUAAAAGACCUACCAUCAAAGAACUCUUAGGUCGUAAAAUUCUUCUUCCAAUGAUAUACACCGUUUAUUUAGAUGCAGGCGACGAUCACUUGUUAAACAGUAAAUUCAAAGAAUUUAAAUAAUAACUUCUUCUAUGUCAACUA